AUGGUCCUCACUAACUGGCUAGCCAUCUCGCUGGCCGGCCUCGCCGCGGCCCAGUAUUUCCCCCCGGCACCUGACGGAUUGAAGGUCGUUCACUCUAAACAUGAGGAAGGCGUGAAGAUAUCCUACAAAGAGCCGGGUAUCUGCGAAACCAGCCCGGGCGUCAAAUCAUAUUCAGGCUACGUCCACCUGCCUCCAGGGACACUGGAGGAUGUAAAUGUCGAGCAGAAAUACCCCAUCAACACAUUUUUCUGGUUCUUUGAGGCUCGCCAUAACCCGAUGAAUGCCCCACUCUCCAUUUGGAUGAAUGGUGGACCCGGCAGCUCGUCCCUGAUCGGUCUCAUGCAGGAGAACGGCCCAUGCCUGGUAAAUGCAGAUUCCAAUUCGACCGAACUCAACCCAUGGUCGUGGAACAACUACGUCAACAUGCUGUACAUCGAUCAACCUAAUCAGGUCGGCUUCAGCUACGACGUUGCCACCAACGGCACUUUCGACCAGCUCAGCGCCGCCUGGAACGUGUCCAACUGGGAGCACGGCAUCCCUGUCCAGAACAAUACUUUCUACGUCGGCACGACUACUAGUCAAAAGGCCAAGGCGUCUGCCAACGGUACUGAAAACGCAGCCCGCUCCCUAUGGCACUUUGCGCAAACCUGGUUCACUGAAUUCCCCGAGUACAAGCCGCAGGAUGACCGUGUGAGCAUCUGGACCGAGUCUUACGGCGGUCGCUAUGGCCCAGCGUUCACUGCUUUUUUCCAAAAGCAGAAUGAGAAGAUUAAAACGGGAGCCAUCACCGCCGCCUCUGAAUCCCACUAUAUCCACCUGGAUACUCUUGGAAUUAUCAACGGCUGUGUCGAUCUCCUUCUACAGGAGUCAUCAUACCCCAAGAUGGCAUACAACAACACCUACGACAUCGAGACUAUCAACAGAACCGUCUACAACCAGGCCAUAGAUGCAUGGAGUCGCGCGGGCGGAUGCAAGGAUCUGAUUGAGCAAUGCCGUGCCCUGGCAGCAGAGGGCGACCCACAAAUGCACGGCAACAACCAGACAGUGAAUAAAGCAUGCCACAAGGCCGAUAAAUUCUGCAGUAACCAGGUUGAGGGCGCCUAUGUUACCUAUUCAGACCGAGGCUACUACGAUAUCACGCACAAGAACCCAGACCCGUUCCCCCCAUCCUACUUCCUGGGGUAUCUCAACCAGAACUGGGUACAAGGUGCGCUGGGCGUGCCGAUAAACUACACCGAGUCUACCGACAGUGUCUACGCUGGCUUCUCGUCGACGGGCGACUACCCACGCUCCGAUGUACACGGUUACCUUGAUGAUCUUGCGUACGUGCUGGAUUCUGGAAUCAAGGUGGCCCUCGUCUACGGCGAUCGCGAUUACGCAUGCAAUUGGAUCGGUGGUGAGGAUGUGAGUCUGCUCGUGGAGCACGCCGAGGCGGCUGCUUUCCGUGAUGCCGGAUACUCACCACUUCACACGAAUAAGUCCUACGUCGGUGGUCAGGUCCGCCAAUAUGGCAACUUCUCUUUUACUCGCGUCUACGAAGCUGGUCACGAGGUCCCUGCAUAUCAGCCCGAGACUGCGUAUCAUAUCUUCCACCGAGCACUUUUCAAUCGUGAUUUGGCUACCGGCAAGAUUGAUACCGCUCGCAACAGGUCGUACUCUACUGAAGGCCCAGCAUCGACUUGGCAUAUCAAGAACGAGGUUCUCGAAAGCCCUGGUCCGCUGUGUUAUAUUCUUGCUCUGGAGGCGACGUGCACGGAUGAUCAGAUUGCCAGUGUGGCUAAUGGCACGGCGAUUAUCAAGGAUUGGAUUGUUUUGGAUGCGCCAUCGCAGUAG